CACAUUGCUCUAUAAAUUGGUAAACAUUAAGAAUCGAUUUAGCAAAUCUUCUGACGUGAUUAUUGGUCCUAUACUCAUCAUCAUGGUCAUCACCGAGAUCAAUGAACACGACAAUGUGUCGACUACUACCCCAUAUAAUCCAUACAGGGGUCUGCGGAUCGACCACCAACCGACGUCAUUGGUGGCCAUCGUCGAGGGUCUGACGAUGAUCAUCAUCUUUCUCGGGUCGUUGAUCGUCAACCUCAUCGCUUUGGUGGCCAUCCUCCGUGAUAAGAAACUGAGGAGGAAUGUUCACAACUGGCUAAUCAUCAACCUGAUCAUCAACGAUCUCGGUAUCACGAUCACCAGUAUGUCUUUCUCCAUCAUAUCCGUCUUCGAUCACGGGUAUUUUCUGGUUCAUAGUGAUAUCAUGUGUUUAAUAAACGGGGCUGGUGGAACUGGUUUCUCGUUCGGUAACUUCGCCACUAUCCUGGCCAUAUCUUUAGAUCGUUUUCUGUCCGUAGUCUUGCCGAACCGCUUCCCUCCAUCGAAGACCCGCAUCAUCAUCUAUAUCGUUUUCUGCUGGAUGGUUCCCAUCGCCAAUAUCAUCCCACCUUCCUUCGAGUUAAUUUCUGACUUCAAAUACCAUCCUUUCACCCAUCAUUGUUCCCCAAUCUGGCAAGCCUGUCUCUAUUACAUCAUCUGCAUCAUCAUCCUGUUCGGCAUCACCGUUCCCGUCAUGGUCUUCUGCUACAUCGGUGUCUUCUGGACCUUGAGGCGUCAGCAGCAGGUCCUUCGAUCUUACGCCAAGGGCCGCGCCGACGACGACUCCCUCGAUGACGUCGGGGAAGCCGAUGACAGCUUGCAGGUGACCAAUCCAACAACCAAUACAGGUUUGUCUUUGGACGACCUGCCAAGCCGCGAAGGCAAGGUUUCUGAGACCGUGGAAGAAUCCUCAACCUCCAACCUUGAUGGUCAUGGUGUCUGCAAGUUUGAUGAAGUCAAGUCGAAUCAAGAGAAGAUUGACAAGAAGAUGAUUAAGCAGAGGAGCAAGCGAAGAUCCUUGCAGAAGAAACUCACCACUGACAAAAGAAUUGCUAUGACAGGCACCCUUUUGGUAAUGACUACCGUGGUCUGUUGGGCGCCUUACUGUAUCGUCCAUUCUUGUUUUAUUCCUAUCCACGUCACCCAUUCAUUGGGUGUGUUCACAAUGUGGCUCGCUUACACCAACUCCCUCCUCGAUCCAAUCAUUUACUCAUUCAUGAAUAGACGAGUUCGUGCUCGAUACCAUGCCAUGAUGUCUAACUUCAGAAUGACUGUAUGUAAGAAAAAUUGAAUCGUGUUCACAUGGAACCGUCGAUGGUUAAAAUUGUUUAGUGUUAAAUGUAAUUUCGCACAAAAUUAAAGAGAGUAACAAUUUCUUGGCUGCAAUGUAAAAAUCACCAUUCUACCUAAUCUUUUAAUCAUAAUUUCAAACUUUUAGGUCAGACAGGAAUCACUUUAGUCUUACAGACCCAGUGGUCUAAUAUCAAGAUAUUCCGAUAGGAAACUCAUGUCUCAAUAGCGUAUGACCCCAUCAUUAUUGAUUCAUCAUCCAGUAGACAUAGUUUUUUAAUUAGCUAUAC